ACACCACAGCACCACCCCACCACAGCACCACCCCACACCACAGAACCGCCCCACAGCCGAUCCAGAGAUGAGUGUGUCACUGAGUCAGCUGCAGGAACAUUAUAACCAGCAGGGAUUCCUCUCUGCUGUACCGGUCCUGGACGACACAGAGCUGAGAGAAGCCAGACAAGCCUUCAACCACCUGGAGAGAGAGUUCGGUGAGGAGUACACCCAGUACAGUCUCCACAACGUGCACCUGAGGUACCCCUGGGUGAUGGGCCUGGCCAAACACCCCCACAUCCUGCAGGUAGUACAGUCCAUCCUGGGCUCUGAUGUCAUCCUGCUAGACUCACGCUUCAUCUGCAAAUACCCAACAACCCCCACAGCCACACAGGCAGGAAAUGACGUCAUCACUCGGACCAGUGAGGAGGAAGUGAGGUCAUCAGAGAAGGACCAACAGAGUGAGACUGGGCUGCCCUUCGUGGCCUGGCACCAGGAUAUGAGGUAUUGGGGAAUAGCUGGGGGUCCAGUCCUGUCUGUGUGGCUGGCUCUAGACGACUCCGUGGCAGAAAACGGAGCCCUGAAGGUCAUCCCAGGCAGCCACUGCUCCGGCCUGCUGCCCCACCACCUCUCCCCCCGCCCUGGCAACAUGCUGUCAGUCAACCAGGAGAUCCCUGAGGAGCUGGUGCAAACGGACAACGCUAUACUCUGCCCCCUGCAGGCCGGGCAGAUGUCUAUCCAUGAUGGGUUCCUGGUCCACGCCAGUGACCCCAACACAUCCCAGAGGAGACGCUGUGGCUUCGUGAUCCGAUACGUCCCUACCUGUGCCUAUCCCAUACAGGACCCAGACCGUCCCAGGCGUUUCCAUGCUACAGUGCUGGCCAGUGGAUCAGACCAGUUCAGUCACUUCUCCACCUAGUUGUGAUGAGCCUCACACCACAACUACAACCAUAUCCAUACUGAUCCCAUUACUGCAUUACUGUCUGCUACUUAGAGCAACCUAAUGAUGCUGUGUUCACCUUUAUGACUUCCUGCUGUGUUCACCUUUAUGACUUCCUGCUGUGUUCACCUUUAUGACUUCCUGCUGUGUUCACCUUUAUGACUUCCUGCUGUGUUCACCUUUAUGACUUCCUGCUGUGUUCACCUUUAUGACUUCCUGCUGUGUUCACCUUUAUGACUUCCUGCUGUGUUCACCUUUAUGACUUCCUGCUGUGGCGCCACUAUUUGUUUACUUUAUUUAUUUAACCUUUAUUUAACUAGUCAAGUCAGUUAAGAACAAAUUCUUAUUUACAAUGACGG